UUCUAAGAACGCGUCCAACAAACUCGAAGACAAACAAACAAGUCGGAAAGCAGCUCAGUUCAUACAGUAGUCUAAAAUUUCGCCUCGAAACAUAACCAAUGUCCGAGAAGAAGCGCGUGUAUCUUUUCAACUGCGAUAACACUUACGAUCUUACCGUCGUUGACGCUUGGAUUCGAUCCGUCCAAGAGAAAAUACCUUUCACUUUUACGGUAUCGAAACAUUAUUUCAGUCUCCGUGACAUGUCUAAAUUAUGCGAAAACACCAUUUCUAAACUUCACAUUGAUUUCGCUUUUCUUGUGGUACAUGCCGAUGAAUCUUGUCUAUCAUUCAACGAUAGUAAAGUAGAAAGCGGUUACACCAAAGUUUACAGAGCACUGCUGGACGCUACUGGUGAGAAAGUCGGUGUGGUUAUUGGUGGAGACAGCCAUUACAAAAACCAAGCAGAAGAACACAAAAAUGUCUUAUCACGCUGGGCACAUCGGAUUGUCGGCUCACAGCUCAAGGAAGAGUUUCGUGAUGGGAGAAAAAGCUUCGUAUUUUCUUGGAAUGAAAAACACCGAGCAAUCCACGAGCAGGCACUGCUGCAUUUCCUUGAUCCGAAGAAAGCAGGAGUCAAAUUUGACUGUCAAUCAGAGAUGCCCGCCAAAACGGAUGCAGCUAGUGUUGUUGAGAAGUCAAUUUCCGCACUUGACAAAGUAACUUGCGAUGUUGUGGAUUCCUCGACCAAGGAAAACAGAAAAGGCGUUGUGGAUUUCAUGGUUCUCUGCAGUGACCAAUCAGCUGUGACAGUUAUUUGCAAAAUGUACCCCUUGUCAGGCAUGCGUACUCACUCUGACAUACAUGUUGGCAGCCCCAAAGAGCUGAAAUCUCAUCUGCAGGAGGGUACCUCUGUGUCGUUAUGUGCCAUUGGGCUACAGGCGAGUGCUUUAAAACAGAUUGCAUUGUCAAACGAAUGGAAGAGAUCUGACCUCGGAGAACUGUUGAGGACUGUUCAAAAAGCAGCUGACAGAGUGGUAGUCGUAAUAAUGCACUCAGACAUAAUUGCGGAGACGUUGCCACUAUCACAGAGCGAAGAAGUCAAAGUUACUGAAAAAGUGGAGUUGCUGCUUGGCGAGAAAGGCAUUGUCCUUUGGUGGAGAGGACGCCCUCGCAAGUGUGACGGAGUCCUUAACGAAAUGCUAGUGUUGAAGACGUCUAUUCGCUUUGGUAGGAUCUCAUUCGCAGAAAGGGAUGUGGUAGAAAUGAAAGAGGGCUAUAAGCCACCGGAGCACUUGGUCUCUGAUUUUCUCGAGAAAUACGGUCGUGUUCCACGGGCAGAACUAGAGAUCUAUUAUGAAGAGAGUUCGGGAGGCGUUCGCGCUGUCGUCAAAGAGCUCGAGUCAGCCAUGUUUCGCGCGCUGUCAGAUUACAGGCUAGCAAUGAAAAUGUAAUAAGCCAUCAGAACUGAGAGACGAAAAUCAGAGAGACAAAAUAACUUACAAUCUUAAACCGAGGUCUUGUUUUCAAGAGUGCUGAAAGUUUCUUUUGCUUAUUUACUUUGCAGUUACUUUGCUCUAUUAUAAAGAGCACGAUUUUUUUUUCUAUAGCUGAAAAAAUGAAUUAGGAACUAUGUGCGAUUUACUAAACAUGACGAGGCUGAGCAAAGUCCUUCAAGAAGAAAAAGUUACGAAAUCCCAUUUCAUUUGACGUCACUUUUUGAUCGGAAAAUGUAUACUUACAUUAUAUUUGAAUACAGAAACAAUCAAAAAAGUGUUGAACAACACUUCAGAAGUCAUAUUUCCUGACGGAAACUUAAAAGUCGCAAGAGAAUGUUUUUGCAUGAGCAAUUUAUGUAAAUCUCAAGUA